AUGCUUACAAGGAACUGCCUGCUACUGUUCCUUUGGUUUGUCUUCGACAAAGGCUCCCUGUCUCCUGUACGCCCGCCAGGCGCACCGCUGAGCAGGAGCAGUCUGGGAAAGGAGCAUCCCAGGAGCCUGGUGGGCCCGAUGAGAAAUGGGGCAUCUGGGUUUCAGAGAGUCAAGAGGGGCUGGGUAUGGAACCAGUUCUUCGUGCUGGAGGAGUACAUGGGGUCAGACCCACAGUACGUGGGCAAGCUGCACACUGACCUGGAUAAGGGCGAGAGCGCAGUGAAGUACACUCUCAUGGGAGAAGGGGCCGGCUCCAUUUUCACCAUUGAUGCAACGACCGGGGACAUCCAUGCCUUAAGAAGCCUUGACAGGGAGGUGAAGCCUUACUAUACCCUUCGCGCCCAGGCUGUCGAUAUCGACACAAACAGGCCCCUGGAGCCCGAAUCACAGUUUGUGAUCAAAGUCCAGGACAUCAACGACAAUGAGCCGAAGUUUCUGGAAGGCCCGUACACAGCUAGUGUCCCUGAGAUGUCACCUGUAGGGACCUAUGUGAUGCAGGUGACAGCCACAGAUGCAGAUGACCCUACCUAUGGAAACAGUGCCAGAGUGGUCUACAGCAUCCUCCAUGGCCAGCCAUACUUCUCUGUUGAUCCCAAGACAGGUAUAAUAAGGACGGCCUUGCCGAACAUGGACCGCGAGGUGAAGGAGCAGUACCAGGUACUUAUCCAGGCCAAGGAUAUGGGAGGUCAGCUGGGAGGUCUGGCUGGGACCACUACCAUCAACAUCACCCUCAGUGACGUCAAUGACAACCCACCAAGGUUUUCCAAAAGUUUCUUUCACCUGAGAGUCCCUGAGUCCUCUGCAGUGGGUUCUGCUGUGGGAAGGAUCAAAGCUCAUGACUUGGACAUUGGGAAGAACGCGGAAGUAGAGUACAACAUCGUACCGGGGGACGGAGGCAACAUGUUUGACAUCAUCACCAAUGAACACAAUCAGGAAGGAAUCCUCAUUCUCAAAAGGCCGCUGGACUACGAAACGAAGAAGGCCUACACCUUCAAGGUAGAUGCAGAAAACGCCCACCUGGACCCGCGGUUCCACAGCUUCGGGGCCUUCAAGGACACAGCCACAGUAAAGAUUAACGUCCUGGAUGUAGAUGAGCCUCCAGUGUUCACUAAGCCCUCUUACGAGAUGGAGGUAUACGAGGACUCACCUGUAGGCGACAUCAUCGGAGCUGUCACCGGACAGGAUCUGGAUGCUAGCAACAGUCCUGUCAGGUAUUCCAUUGACUGGAAAAGUGACCUGGACAGCUACUUUGACAUUGAUCCGGUGGAGGGAACGAUUUCCACUAACGAACUCCUGGACAGAGAGAGUAUCGCCCAGCACAAUAUCACCAUUGUGGCCACCAAACUUAAUAGCCCAGUGCUGACCAGUAGAGUGGCUGUCACCGUUCAUGUACUGGAUGUCAAUGAGUUUCCCCCUGAACUAGCCAUCCCUUACGAGAGCUUUGUGUGUGAAAAUGCCAAAGUAGGCCAGGUAAUUCAAAUCUUCAGUGCAAAGGACCAGGAUCUACCACAAAGUGGUCAUAAGUUCUCCUUCAAACCAUCAGAGAGGGACAUCAACAACAAGAACUUCACUAUCCAAGACUUUGGAAAUAACACAGCGGGAAUAGUGACUCUGCGGAGCGACUUCCGACGGCGUUCCCAGGAGAUCUACUUCCUUCCUGUGGUGAUCCAGGACAGCGGCUACCCCGUCCAAAGCAGUACGGGCAUCCUGACCAUCCGUGUGUGUGGCUGCGAGUCGGAUGGAUCGCUCCUCACCUGCAGUGCAGAGGCCAUCUUCCUCCCAGUGGGGCUGAGUACAGGGGCCCUGAUAGCCAUACUCCUCUGCAUUGUCAUUCUUCUGGUCAUCGUGGUCAUCUACGUAGGUCUGAGACGACAGAAGAAGAAGGAGACCCUGAUGACAUCCAAGGAGGACAUCCGUGACAAUGUAAUCCACUACGACGAUGAGGGAGGGGGCGAAGAGGACACCCACGCUUUCGACAUGGGCACCCUCCGCAACCCCAAAGUCAUUAAGGAGAACCUUCUGAAAGAGAACCGGGACCUUUUCCGACGGGAUGUCAAACCCGACCCCAAAACCGGCAAAAAACGAACUCCUGUUUCCCAAGACAGUGAAGAUAUCCGUGACUUCAUCAAUCAGCGACUGAAGGAAAACGAUGUGGACAACUCGGCCCCACCCUAUGACUCUCUAGCUACCUAUGCCUAUGAGGGAGAUGGCUCUGUAGCAGAGUCGCUCAGCUCCAUCGAGUCUCUGGUAGUAGAUGCCGAUGAGGACUAUGAUUACCUCAACAAAUGGGGUCCUCGAUUUAAGACUCUGGCGGGAAUAUUCGGAGAGCAGUCGGAUACUCAAGCAGACACAACGACAACAACAACAACAGAAAACAGACAUUGA